AUGUCGUUCGACAACAUCGGGUGUAACAUGAACCUGAGCAUCCACAAGAUAUUCAGCGCGAGGUACAGCGCCCCCAACAAAGUGAGCGAUGACUGCAAACCCGUGGCGAAAAAAAGGAGGUGCACCAUCUCACUUGCGAAUGAACCAAACGCACACCAAAGGAACCACAUAGACUACCUUAACUAUAAUUUUAACAAUGCUUUUACCAAGCGGAGGAAGUAUUCCUCCCCCUAUUCCCUGACCAACCAAAAUAAAAAGUUCACUCCACUAAAGUGCAGAACCCAACUUAGAAGCAGCGUCGAUGAGAGUAUUAAAAAAAGUGCCGCUGUGCGAUCCAUAGUGAAAAAAACGAUGAAGAAAAAUAAGUCCGAAAUAUAUGAACACAAUGAACAGAACUACUUGAACAUGAGUAAGGCAUACUAUCUCAACAGGUUGGAGGGAGCAGGGAGUACUGGACAGUUAUCCCAUCCGGGACCGGUAACAGAAUCAAACCAUACGAUUGGAAACCCAGAAAUGACAGAGCAUAGGAGGAAUUUAAACGAAACGUAUAUCUUGAGUAGCACCACUCAGAGUGAAAACACAAAGGGAUACAUUAACACAAAUGCAGAUAGCCAAAAUACAUUCAGAGAGACUCUCCCCAUGUACAUAAACUCCGAGUCCACAAUUUCUAGUUUCAACUUAGAUCGUGAAUUGGAGAAUAAGUUAUACUUAGAAGGAGUUGCACCGAAUGGUAAUGCAAAAGGUGCACUACGUAUUUCCCAGGAAGAAAGGGAUGUCCGAAAAAAAGCGGACAUGUAUAAAACGAAUGCCCCUGUGACAGAUUACGGGGCACGAUAUCGUCCCAAUCAUCUAAGGAAGGAUGACGAGGAAAGAAAAAAAAUAAUAGAAAGCCAUCCACGGAAGAGAAGACACACUACGCAGUUUUUAAGGGACCAAGACAGAUACAAUUACUCCGAUUCUAAUUAUCUAAAUAUAUAUACUGAGGGAGAAAUGAAUCACAAGAGCAGCACCCGCAGACACAGUGAUGCCAUCAGGUGUAAAUCUCUCAAUGGACUCUACUACAGUGAUGUUACGAAUGAACCAAGCGUGUAUUCCUUCAGGAGCGAAGCUCUCCCCCAAAGUUACAACAGUAGUCGACGUUUGGAUGCCUCACGGAAUUCUCAACAAAAGGAGUGCUACACGGACAAGGACUCCGACAACCCCCUCUUUCACACUUGCUUCUUUAAGAACGCGGAGGAGUUCGAAAACGGAGACAUAAAGCGAAAGGAGAACGUCGAACCGAUGAACCCAAACGAAGAAGACGACUCGGUCCUGAAGAACGACGCAGAGUACCUCUUCAGCACGGGGUUCUUCAAGGACAUCUACUCCAACAUACAACGGAAGGGAGAGCUGAACUUCAUCGACGAACUCCUUGAAGCAGACGACGAAUAUUAUAUUAGUAAAACCAAACUAAACAAAAUUAUCGAAAAUGCAAAAAACAAGGAAAUGAAAUACCACUACAUCGACCGUAUGUUCUUGUAUAGACAUGCGAAAAAUGUAAUAGACGACGCGGAUUAUGAGACAUACAGAAAUAAGUGUAGAACACAACACAAGUACUUAGAUGUACCUUUUCCUAAUCUUACCGAAUUAAUGAAUCUAAAGUCGGUUGGCAUUUUUGACGAGGUCGAUGAUACGGAUGAGUACUAUCACGCUGAGGUGAAGCUUCUGGAGAAAUAUUACUACACAUCAAGAGGGGCCGACCUUCCAGAGGAGGGUAACCUCCAGAAGGGAUACAAAGACAAAAUGAAAAUGCCCACGCCUAUGGCUAUGCCUAUGACUAUGCCUAUGACUAUGCCUAUGGCAAUGAGCAGAGGCCACAAGGGAAGCGAUGAAGAGGUAGUUCAGAACGGGGAUGAAGUAAAAGAGGAAGAUGGUAUCACAAAUGAGACCAUAGUAGGGAGGGAAGUACUAUUAAAAGAGGAACCAUGUGAUGGAGAAAAUCCAAUAGAACACAUGAAUAAAUUGGAAAAUAUGAAUCAACCUGAACAAAGGAUUGUCCUCUCAAGUAGAAACGGACCCUUUAACGAUAGCGAAUAUAAUGACGACCUUUCGGACAGAGAGAAAAGGGAGAAAUUAAUUUGCGUGAUGAAUAAAAUGAAGAGAGAAAAGGAUUCGUUUUUUGAAAGAAUCUUAGAUGCACCUGACUUUUCCAAAAUUCUAGAACCCGUUUUUUCAUUAAACGAAAGCUUCCUCCUCUCGCACCAGCUAUUUAAUGUACAGUAUGCAGCCCAGCUAGGACCCGUUGUCUAUCUCAUCAAAACGGAGGACGAACAUUAUGUCUACAGAGCGAUUGAAGUCAGCAGACUCUUCGAAGAAAAGGUAAAAUCCAUCCUCGACAACCAGAAGGCUAAUGGUAAUUCGAAGGACAGAAAUGAUUACUACGAUUGCUUCUCUAAUGAGAAGUUCCCCUUCCUCCACGAGCUCGACGUUAAGUACUACCUACGCAUCCCCAUGAGCACGGGGUGGAACCACUUUGGCUACCUGAAGAACCAAAACAAUGUGCUCUUCUUCCGUAGACGUAAGAAUACCUAG